UCUGAGUGCCGCGUGUCCACACACCACCCGGGCCGCUCAGCCGCCGUCCAGCGGCAGUGGAGGUGACAUUGCAGCCAGGAAAGAGGUAGUAUGUUUGGCUAACAUCGCAGUCACAGAGAGGCUGCUGCCAUGGGCCUGCGGCUGACCCGACAGACCAAGUCACCCAUUAUUGUUCAGCCUGCAUGCAGCCAACAGUGAGAGGAUGUAACAAAGGUUACAGGCAGUCUCCUGAGGUUGUCUUUUUGCUGUAGAUUGGAUUGACCUGAACGUCUUAAUCUGCAGAUGCUGAUUGAUGUCCGGACUCUGAUAAUAAGGGAGAUGGAUGUUUAGCGAGAGCACCUCCUCGUUCUCCUCCAAGUGUUAGAUCUGCUGACAUCAACAAUGUUUUGGAAGUUUGACUUGCACCCAUCCUCUCACCUGGAGGCCUUGCUAGACAAGGAGGAUGUCACCCUCACUGAGCUCAUGGAUGAGGAAGAUGUGCUUCAGGAGUGCAAGGCCCAAAACAGGAGACUCCUCCAGUUCCUCUGCCAGGACCAGUGCAUGCAAGAGCUAGUUGGUUUGAUCACGACAGAGCCCCCUACUGGCGCAGAAGAGACCAAGCGCUUCAAGUAUUCAAACAUAGCAUGUGAGCUGCUGACUUGUGAUGUUGGGGUGAUCAACGAUAAACUUGGUAAUGAGGAGCCUCUGCUGGAGAGUCUGUAUGCCUUCCUGGAGCAACCAUCCCCACUGAACCCUCUGCUGGCCUCCUUCUUCAGCAAGACAAUUGGGAAUUUAAUAGCACGGAAGACUGAGCAGGUGAUUAGUUUCCUGCGAAAAAAGGAGGGAUUCCUUUCAUUGGUCCUGAAGCACAUAGAUACGUCUGCCAUGAUGGAUGUGCUGCUACGCCUCAUCAGCUGUGUGGAGCCACCUCCACUUCGACUAGAGACUCUCACUUGGCUGAAUGAACAGAAACUGGCCCAGAGACUCAUCGAGCUCAUUCACCCUGAGAGAGAUGAAGAGAGACAGACAAAUGCUUCUCAGACUUUGUGCGAUAUCAUUCGUCUCAGCAGAGAUCAGGCCAGUCAACUGCAAGAGAUUGCGCAGCCAGACCCUCUGCUGACAGUUCUGGAAUCCCAGGAGUGUGUGGAGCAGCUGCUACAGAAUAUGUUUUCAGGAGAAAAGACGGAAAGCUGCAUCGUCAGUGGCAUUCAAGUUCUUCUGACUCUGUUGGAAAUCCGUCGGCCAGUGGUGGAUGGUAUAAUGGACGCUCAGGGGUUUGAAAGAAGUUACACUGUUAACAGCAGUAUUUUGUUGGCUAUUCAACCACAUCUGAUACACUUCCACCAGCUGCUCUUGAAGCCACCUAAGCAAGAUCCCAUGCUGACUACUCUUGGUGUGCUGGAGGAACCACUGGGGAACACACGUCUGCAUGUGGCCAGACUCGUGGCCUCUCUGCUUUACACCAGCUCUGCCGGCCAUGCAGUCGUGGCACAGGAGCUCUGCAGGCUUAAUACUAUGGACCUUCUAUUGGACUUGUUCUUUAAGUACACCUGGAACAACUUCCUGCACCUCCAAGUGGAGCUUUGUGUUGCUGCUAUCGUCCGGCCAUGUGCUCAUGAAAUGAGACCGCAGCCUGGAUUUGGCUCCCAGGAUAAAUCCAAGCCCUCUCAAGACACACCCCAAGAGCAGGAUACAAGCGAGGCCCCAAACUCUGACCCUUUAGUCACCUCUGAAAACUCUGCCCACAACUUAAUGGUGACUCAUUUGUUCCAACACUGCCACCUUGUCCAGAGGAUUCUGGAGGCUUGGGAAGAGAAUGAUAAAAUACAGUCGGAGGGUGGCAUGAGAAGAGGGUACAUGGGACAUUUGACCAGGAUUGCCAACACUGUGGUGCACAACCUGGAUAAAGGCCCAGUUCACACUCAGAUCGGUAACCUCAUCUUAGAGCUGCCAGGUGACUACAGGGGGCGCUGGGAAACCUUUGUUGAACAGACACUAUCAGAUACCAAUAGGAAAAACACCAUAGACCUGGUUGGAAGUGGAAACCCUCGAUCUUCUUCAGAGGAUGACAUGGAGAGCCCCUUCCCUAAAGAGCUGACAAUGCAGCAGGCUUUUUCGGACUAUCAGAUCCAGCAGAUGACAGCUAACUUUGUUGAUCAGUUUGGCUUUAAUGAUGACGAGUUUACGGACCAUGAUGACAGCAUUGGUGCAACAUUUGACCGGAUUGCAGAGAUCAACAUCAACAUUGAUGCUGGCCAUGACACUGCUGACACAGCUGUUUUUGAGGCCUGUUCUAAGGAAAGGAUUCAGCCCUUUGAUGAUGAUGAAGAAGACAUAUGGGAGGAAAAUGAAAUCAACUAUGCAACUCAAACAAAGUCCAGAAACAGGUUCGGCGGCUCAACUUCCUCCCAAAGCCAAGUAACCAGUCAGACAUGUGAGAAAAGGACAGCUUCCAGCACUGAGGUUCCUGACGGACCUGCAGACUGUGAUUCUGAGGAGGAAGAUAAUAAAGAUGACUUUGAUCCGUUUUCAAGUCAGGGGCAGACAGACGCACCUCCGACUUCUAGCUGGGUUGCAGACUUUGGAGAGGUGAACUCAACAGCUCCUGCGGCCGGAGCAGCAUUUUCUCCCUGGGACACUCCGGUCUCCCAGCCAGCUGCGUCAGAGGCAGAGGAGAAAGGGUGGGCCAAGUUCACAGAUUUUCAGCCUUUCUGUUGUUCUGAAACGGGCCCCAGAUGCAGCUCUCCUGUGGAUUCAGAGCUCAGUGGAUCCGACGGCACCAAACAAAACCCAAACCCUUGUGUUUGGAGCGCUUGUGUGGCAAGAAAAGCUCCACUUGUGGCAUCGGAUAGUUCCUCCUCCAACAGCUCAGACAGUGAUGAAGAAGAAGGAAAGACAGAGUCCACUUCCAGUGAGACCGUCACAACAGAGACCAUUACCACAGGUUCAGGGAAGGAGACUAUCCGGCUGACUGUAGAUGCCAAAAAUGAGAGGGCAGUCUUCACAAGAAUUUUCCGACCUGCGUACAAACGCGAAGCAGAUAAGGUACCCAUAGAUGGACUCUCAAUCAAGGCAAAGGAGAAAGAUGGAGAAAAAGAAAAUGAGAAGAAACAUGGAAACGGUUCCAGCACAGUCGGGGCAGGUCCAACCAACCAGACAGCUGCUGUCCCACAAGAGAUGCAGUCUCCUGCUAACGGACCUGCCUAACAUGGCGGCUAAGUCCAUCUUUCCACCUUUUUGUUCAACUUGCAGCCAUACCCCCCCCCCCCCCCCCCUUCUUUGCUUCCAGUUAGCAGCACCCCAAUGCCCGUUUGUUGUGUCUGAAGACAUGUAAGUGAAUAAAGAUCCUCUGUUCUGGGGUCGAGCAGCUUUAAUGCUGGAAAGCAGGUAUCCACACGAAUAGAAAUCAACGUCUCUUCCGCGCCUCCAUGACAUGAUUACAACUGAGGUGCGCCAAGGCGAAAAUGGUUUUGUAGAGCAUUUCAUUGUGCCAGACAGCCCAAUUUAACUUGUUUUAAUUUCAGGAUCUCAGAUUAAUUGGGUCUGUCUAUUUUUUUUUUUAAUCUAGCACAGGAUGUGACUGUUUACACUUUAGUAAUGAGAGCUGCAUUGUAAUAUUCAGCCAGGAUGCUUGGCUAGUUGCCAUUUUCAUCACCACUGACGUUAGCCAACCAUGCGCAGACAUUUUAUUCUAAGAAAUGUAAGCGAUAAUAAUUUGUUUUUGCUGCUUUAAUUAUUCUCAGUCUGUUUUCAUUUGCUGUAAUCACUGGGAAAGAAAUGUUUGCACUUAGACUAUUUGAUUUUGAGAGAACCGUGUUUCACUUCUGAAAGUUAAUAUGUAGAAAUGUGUGUCUGUGUGUGUGGCUGUGCGUGUGCGCGCUUCACAUACAUGUGUUUGUAGACAUGUGUUUCUGUGUGUCGAGCUCUGUCUGCGUUGCAGAGUGUUAUUCUCAGGUUUAAGGAGAGGUAUGAAGAUACAAAGAAAGCACACCUGUGUGACACACACUUACACACAGUUCCAUACACACAUGUAUAAAACCACCAUAUCCACAAACACAUGCACAAAAAAAAUAUUAAAUGGAAAGCAAAACAGGAAAAGAACACAUGGUGAUGAUGUGCACAUACCCGUUCAUACCGCCCCUCAGAGGUGUUUCCGUGUAAUAUUGUGAAUUUUUGAACCUGUAUUAGGUUGUGGCUAUUCUUGGUAAUAUGUAAACGUAACAUCAAUGUAAACAUUAUAUAUAAACAUUAUUAUAUCUAUUUUUGGAAUAAAUCCGAUUUGUUGAAAUGAGCUCGUUUUGCAGGAUGCGGUGUGCGCGAGUGUAUUUAUGUAUGCGUGUUCUGUUGAAAGGCAAUAAUAGCGUCUGUUUAUUCCAUUAACGGGCCAGCAUCAGUUCCUGUUUCUUUGCUACUUGCUUCCUAUAUGGAAGUAUAGGACGGAGCAUGAUGUGAAUGCAUGUCAGUAGACUGGAGGAUGUCUUCCGCAAAUAAGAGUCUCUUAUAUAAGAUGAUUCUGGUUCACUGCAACUCAAGCUGUUUUACCUUAAAAGAUGAAUUCUGAUUGCAAGCAGGGAGUUAUACAGUACUGCCUGACCAACUGUCAGACUCUGUUUAGCCAUUUUAUACCAAAUUUGUUUUGAAAUAUUGCCUUCUGUGGCUAGACAGUUGCUACCUAUAGGGAAAGGUUUCAUUCCAGCUUAAUUUAUUGAGGAUUGAAAUAUUUUUUCUGUAUUAUAUUCAUGGUUUAAGGUGAAAGAAGGAUGAAUAUGAUAUCCUUUCUAAUUUUGUUUUAUUUUGCUUCACGGUUUUGUCACCUUCUACCUUAUUUAACAAUAAAUUUGAAUAUAAAGUGUUCAAAAAUUUUACAGUUAAAUGGAACUAUUGGGCAUUUUUGGAAUACUUAUCUUCAUAUUUCUUCUAAAAAAAAUGGCAAAAACAGAAAAUGUGUUGAACUUUUUUGGUAUAAUACAUAAUCUGUUUGCAGGGAUGGAAAAAAUGUUUGCCAAGUAAAAUGGGGAUUGGAAAUUAACCAAAAUGAAACAUAAAGAUAUCCUGCAAAACUGAUAAAGAAUGCCAUCAAUUUCCCAACCUAAAUGUUUUAUUGCAGAUAGAAUAUUUAGGUUGGGUCUUCUGAGAUGAGCUAGAGCUAAAUGUUAGAGUUAAAUGAUGCUCCCAAGGCUUAAACUUUUCUGCAGUUUCUGUGGACAUAAUCUAACAGAAAUCAGAUAUUCAUGGAUACAAAUGUCCAAAGGCUCCAUGUUUGGUUCUUUUGCACAGAUUUACUGCACAGAUUUUAUUUUGGAAGGAAAAAGGUCCAGUUUUUUUCAGAUAUAAUGCAGAGUCCAGUUAGUCAGACAGAUUUAUGAUUUAUUGCACUAUGGAGGACAUAAAAUAUCAGCAUUUUCCUCAAGGCUGCUCUGGGAGGUCAGGGCAUUCUUUGUGUACUUCAGUAGUUAAUCCUAACCAGUAUGGAUCAUAACAAGAACUAAAAAACUUUGGAUGCGAGUUGUUUUAAACCAGAAUAAUCUGUUAGACUGGCCAUCUUCAGUUUCCUCUAAUUUUUACUCUUUCUCAGGGCAAGGGUUGACUUAAAUUACAUAAAUGUCUCCUGAGUGAUGCACAGAUUGUUGUAUUUAUUAAAAGAAAGAAUUUAGAAAAAAGGAUUGUGUCCUAUUUUUUAUUUUUUUUUUGUGCCACCUCGUCGCUCUCUACUCAAAGAGGCAGGGAAAGUUGGACUAGAAAAAGUUAAUCAUGUAGAUACUGUAGUUUUUCUUCAGUGCUUUCUGCCAAAGUGUGUCUUCCCUCCAGUGUUACAGCUGGGCCUCAUAUCUGUGAAGUUGCCUGCUUUUUUGCAAUGGUCUUUAACAUCUAGAUGUAUGAAACGCAGCAUCUUUUUGAUUCUCCCCUUCUGUUUUAGGUUUUUAACGCCUUUAUCCUAUCUAAGAGCAGUAAAAGAAGACAGACUGGGUCAGAAAGAUGGGAAGAAAUGGCUUUGAUUACACUUUUGGCUUUUAUCUGUCCAGGAUGUUUGAGUUUGAAGUUUGAAGUCAGGGUUAAAUAGAAAUAAAAGUGUACAGGGUCAGAAUAUUUUGAUUCUUUAAUCAGACUUCUACACCACCCAAAGUGUUUGUGUCUCUGUUAGAGUAUAACGGGUAUGUUGCAGUGUUCUGCAUAAAGGCAUGUGGUGACGAUAUGGUUAACUUUUAAGUGCCAUUAGGUUUGCUCAUCAGGGUUUUGUUUCUUUAAACCAUCUAAUGUCCAGUAUUAACUGUGCCUUGCAAAGUUUUCAUACACAUUGAUCUUUUUCACUUACCUUGAUGCAUUUCAUUGGUAUUUUGUGAAAGAUCAACACAACGUGUUAAAUUCUUCUAAAGCAGGACGAAUAUUGUACAUUUACUAUUUUUAGUUCAUGACAAAACAAAUCUGAAAUGUUAAUUUAUAUUUGCCCCAUCCUAAGGUUGCUGCAUCGCAGAAACUCCCUCCUGCUGCCAUUACAGAAGCAGCCGCUCUUUUAGAGUGGGCCUCUUGCUUUUCCACAUCUACAUUGAAUUUCUUCCAUUUGUUGCUUAGUCAAUUUUCAAGUUCAGCCAAAGAUUAUCCAUUGGAUUAUGGAUUCUAGAGUUCUUAUUCAACUAGAGGCUGAACAACCCCCUUAAAUCUAGAAACUUCUGCUCUCACAAAAAGCUGUUUUUGCAGUUAGAUCCAUUCAUCUUAUUUACUCUCAUCAGCUUCCCUCUCCCCACUGAUUACAAGCAUCACCACAGCAUGACACUGCCACCACCAUAGUUUAAGAUGGUGAGGUAUUUCAGUGUUAGCUUUCUGUCGCACUUUCAGUUUGGCCUGAGCAGAGCAUUUCCUGUAUGGCCUUUUUUUUUGUUUUAGUGGUGGCUUUCUUUAGGCCACUGUGUAUUGCAUAAAGAGUUUUCAUGUCAACAAACGUCUCGUUGUUUGCACUUUGGAAAAGAUGGUGAAGGCAGCAAAAUAAAAAAAAUGUGCGACGGUCUGUAGACUGUUUUGCUUCGCAUAUUUUAUACCAUGCAAUAUUUUCCCCGCCUUUCACCAUUUUGAAACACUUUGUGUUGAUCGAUUGCAGGUAAACAAAAUAAACCACCUGGAGAUUUGUGGACCUAACAUCAUAAAAGUUCAAGCUAUGUGAACACUUUUGCAAGGCAUUAAAGUUUUUUUGCACUCGAGCUUAUUUUUGCAGCGCGUUUGUGUGUAAAUGUAUGCGUGUGUGGAGGGAGGUGUUUAAGUGAACUGAUGCUGGUGGGAUUUUUUUUUUCCUUUGAGAGUAAUGUGUAUGUUACCUGUCGUCUCUUUAGCCUGUACAUUCAGAUAUGAACCUAAUAAACAUGUCAAAAAAAAAA